CAUCGAUGCGGUCAGGGAACAGACAACUACAUUCCCCAAAAUUAAAGGCGUGAUUGUCGAAAUCCCAAUCAACAGCAACAUACCCCCAGUUCAACAACCUUACCGACGCGUCCCUUUCGCUUUGGAAGAUAAGAUCGCACAAAAGCUAGGAAGUCUACUUGAUCAAGACAUCAUCGAGCGAGUACGGCAGCCGUCUGCGUGGGUUUCUCCAGUAGUACCAAUCUUAAAGGAUUCAGGAGAAAUUAGGCUGUGCGUGGACAUGAGGCGGGCAAAUCAAGCGGUUCUUCGGGAGACUCAUCCAUUGCCUCUCGUAGAGGAGCUGUUCGCAGGUAUAAAAGGUGCACAACGAUUUUCUAAACUAAACAUCAAAGAGGCCUACCAUCAGGUUGAAAUAUCUGAACGUUCCAGAGAAAUUACAACGUUUAUCACGAAGCAGGGACUAUUUCGAUACAAGAGAUUAAUGUUUGGGAUUUCAUGCGCUCCUGAACUUUUCCAAAAAGUCAUGGAAUCCAUUGUGGCAGGAUUACCGGGAGUAGUUGUAUACUUGGAUGAUUUGUUGGUUACAGGAAACAGUCAGGAAGAGCACGACGAGAGACUUAAACGUUUACUUGAUCGACUCGCAUCUUAUGGGAUCAGGCUGAACAAAGAGAAGUGUAUUUUCAACGCUACUCGCCUAGAUUUCCUGGGAUAUGAAUUAUCACCCGAAGGCAUACGCCCAAAAGAAAGCAGAAUAGCAACCAUAAAAUCUCUCCGUGAACCUCGAAACACAUCAGAACUGCGCAGUUUUUUGGGACUAGUGACCUACGUGGGUCGGUUCAUACCUAAUCUGGCUGAAAAGACAGACACUAUCAGAAGUUUACUGCGUACAGGCGAAAGAUUUGUCUGGAAGGAGAACCAUCAACGAUGUUUUGAGGAGGUCAAAAAAGCAGUAUCUGAUUCAUGCUGUUUGGGUUAUUAUAAUCCAAAGGAUCUCUGUAUAGUGAUCGCAGAUGCGAGUCCGACGGGCCUAGGAGCAGUGCUUCUGCAACAAGAUGAGUACAAACAGACACGGGUAAUUGCGUUCGCAAGCAAGACGUUGACGGAUUUAGAAAGGAAGUACAUAUUGCCAAACUGAACGUGAAGCUCUUGGUCUCGUUUGGGCAGUGGACAAAUUCCACUUAUACCUAUUGGGCGUUCGUUUCAAGCUAGUUACUGACUGCAAACCUCUAUUGUUUUUGUUCAAAGAACGCGCUAAACCUUGUGCAAGAAUUGAGAGGUGGGUGUUGCGGCUCCAGUGUUAUCGGUACGAAGUAGAAUACAGACCAGGAUCUGAAAACUUAGCCGAUGCAAUCUCAAGGCUAUCCACCUCGCCUCCGAAGGAAUUCGAUGUAGCAACCGAAGCCUGUAUAUACCAAAUAGCCUUGGCCAACGUGCCCGAUGCAAUCACUCUGCAAGAAGUGGAAAGCGAAUCUGCUAAAGAUGACGAGAUGCAAAACGUUUUUCAGAGCAUGGAUGCCGGAAUAUGGCCAGACAGUUUGAGGGAUUUCAAACCAUUCAAUACGGAGCUUUGCAAAGUCGGAAACAUGUUGCUGAGGGGCGAUAAACUGGUUAUACCUCACAGCCUCAGAUCGAAAAUUUUGAAAGUUGCACAUGAGUCACAUCCAGGAAUCGAAAUUAUGAAACGUCGGUUGCGACUGAAAGUCUGGUGGCCACACUUAGACAAGGAAGUAGAAAAAUAUGUCAAGCAGUGUAAGGCCUGUACACUAGUAUCAGCGCUUGACCCGCCUAUGCCGAUUCAUUCUACAAUAUUACCAGAUCGUGCGUGGGUGGAUUUAGCUGCAGAUUUCCUUGGUCCACUUCCAUCUGGUCAUAGUCUCCUAGUAAUCGUUGACUAUUUUAGCAGAUUCACUGAGAUCAUUGUGAUGAAGCAGACAACGGCCAGCCUGACGGUUCGAGCAUUACACGAAACAUUUUGUCGGUUCGGUUUUCCGGAAUCUCUAAAAACUGACAAUGGACCACAGUUCAUCAGUUCAGAAUUCCAACAGUUUUGCAGUCAAUUUGGAAUCGAACACAGGAAAACCACCCCAUAUUGGCCCCAAGCAAACGGGGAAGUAGAACGUAUGAACCGUACCAUAGUCAAACGCUUGAAAAUUAGUCAAGAGACGGAUGGAUCUGAUUGGCAAUGGGAUCUCAGGAUGUUUGCUCUUAUGCAAAAUUCGACACCACAUUCGACAACGGGAGUAGCACCUUCAAUCCUUAUGUUCGGACGAGUUCUGAAGGACAAAAUUCCUGGAAUGAUCAUUAAAGGAAACAAAAUCCUAGAAGAAAUCCGAGAUCGAGACGCCGAGAAAAAGCUUAAAGGAGCAGAAUAUGCAGAUGCAAAACGUUCAGCAAAUGAUAGCGGUAUUGACGUCGGGAACACAGUUGUGGCCAAACGCAUUCAAAAGGACAAUAAACUGUCUACGAACUUUCAUCCUGAUGAGCUAACAGUGAUCGGUAAGACGGGAUCGAAUGUGACAUUAAAGUCACAUGAUUCUGGGCGGGUAUUCCAUCGGAACAUUUCGCAUUUGAAAAAGCUACGUGCAGGUGAACUCGAAAUAACAUAAUGGUUUAAUGUAAACACAGAAAGCUUAAUCAAUUUAUUUUACAGGAAAUGAAGAAGCAGUCAACACCGAGGCGAGCACAGACCCGAGUUCGAAGGAUGACGGAUCGAUACAACCAACUGAAGGCUUUGCCGAGGUCCUGAGCGAAAACGUGGAACUACGACCACGCCGAGCGGUGAAGCGACUUCAAGAUCAAUCACAUUUGUUAAUAUUAAAGUAAGGGAGGAAUGUAGUAUUCUAGUAUUCCAUAUAUAUAUAAACACUAAGGUACACUAAACUAUCUGGCAACACUGGCCAACCAUAACCCGUGCGCGAGCAUGACUCGAGAAUAAACUAGUUCUUUUUAGA